GUUCCCGCCAUGUGCAAAUUUUGAAAAUGGCUGACAUAAGAGCAACAUUUGUUUCACAGAAAAUCAGCAAAAUUAGAUGGAAAAACAUUGUAAAAAAUAGUCUUCAGGGUCCAGACACGUUUGUAACAGGAAGCUGGGAUGAUGAGGAAAAUAAAGUAUGUUUAUGGAAAGUAAAUAGAGAAAAGAAAUUUGAAAAUGAAGGAGAUGGCAGAGGAACAGAAGGGGAUGUUGAUAAUGACCCAAUACCUAUUUGUGAGGCCUCCCAUAUAGGGGAUGUAACAGGGCUAGAGUUCAUUUCAGAAGAUCACAUUGUAUCAUCUUCAUCGUCAGGAACAGUCACAUUAUAUAAACAUCACACAAGCUCACAGACACUUGGUAACUCACAUCAGUGGGAAAGACUUCAUCAUCACUGUAAUAAACCAUGUCCAUGUACCUGUCUGGCUGUCAGAGAAGACUGCAUAAUUACGGCUGGUGAAGAUGGCAGGAUAAAUGUACUUAAUAUAGCUCAGAAGGACCCAAAUAGAACAAUAGGAAAAGCCGACAGCUGUACAGUGAAUGGUGUAAUAUUCCUUAAACAGUUUGAAUUUCUAACCGUAAAUAGUACGGGCCAGCUUAAAAUAUAUGACUUACGGAGCAAAUCUGAUGAUCCUGCCCAAACUUUGUCUGUGACAGGAGAUUUAACACCUUUACAAUGUGUGGAUAAACAUCCUAGUCAGUCCCAUAUAGUAGCUACAGGUGGGGAUGAUGGUACCCUAGGAAUCUGGGACUUACGGCAGGAUAAAUUUCCAGUAUCCCUCAUGGAGGCACACUCAAGCACUGUGUGGGAGUUAAAAUUUCAUAAAACAAGUCCAGACCAUUUAUUUUCAUGUUCCGAUGAUGGUAGUUUAUGGCAUUGGGAUUCCACACAAAUUAAUUCAUUUUCUAUGGCAGCAAUUAAUCAUUUUUCAGGAACAGGUGCAGGAUCUGGUGGUGGUUCUCUCCCGUCGCAAACAGCAGUCAAUCCAUGGUUAGAAACAGAAAUAGCUAAGAACAAAAUGGAGAUCACAUCAUUAUUAUCUGACAAAUCACUUCCCAUCAAUUCAUUAGACAUUACAGGUCAUGCUUUAAUUUGUGGCAAUGACGGAGAGACAAUAUUCACAUUGAAUCUACCAGCAUUGAGAUAGCAUUAACUUGAAGUGCAAGAAGGGGAGGUUAAAUGUUGUUCCAGUGUUCAUUGGAAGCAAGAAUUGAUUGUGUCAGAGUCUUAUGCAAACAUUAUUAGGUCUUGUUUUUGAGGGUGACAAAGAUAUGUAAAUUGAACAAGAUACUUUUUGCUAGAAGAAUAUGGAAAGUUGAUGUUGUAGUAAAGGCAAACUGAGUAGGCUCUAUACAAGGACAUGACGUCGUAACAGUUCUUGAAAUACACAUCUAUUCAUGUAUUAAAUUCAUUGGAAAAUGUAUACUAACUUAUCAGUAUUUUAAAUACAUAUGUUGAAAUUAUUGAUUUUCAAAUUAAAUCAAUGUUAAAUAGUUUUGAAAAAUCCCUAUAUUAUUGAAUAGAAAGAUUCAAUAUCAUUUUAAUUUACAAAUGCAUUUCACACUAAGAAAUAUUACUUUAAUAUACAUAUUGAUUUAAUUUGGGAAUACAUUUCAUACCCAAUAAUAUUAUCAUUGCAGACAGAUAUUUGUUUAGAAAGUUUAAUACUAUAGGAUAAAAAGGUUACUUUUAAGUGUAGCCCAUUUUUGUGUUAUUAAAUGAACUAUUUGGAACAAUUUUGUUACACAUACCUGUCAUCUGAUUGAACCAUUUAAUGUAUAUUAUUUUAUUAUGUCAAACUUUUGUAAAAAAAUAUUUAAUGUUUAAUAAUACAAAAAAUAAAGAGAUAGUGAAAUUAUGAU